GUUUUCAGUCAAGUCGUAAUUGAGCAAGCGAACAACUCAACAACAAAAUUUACAAAUUACACGUUUCCGAGUAGCUGCGAUACGAGGGGAAUUCCGUUUACACAGCACCACAAGAAAGAUUGAGCAGAAACGAGUUGUCUUCGCGAUAAACCAAUGCGACCUCCAUUCCGGGUCAUCCUAAGUGUAAAAUUGUUUAUCCAAUACACAAUCAUGUUGAAAUAGUAGUGACCACAAUACAAAACUGUGCAUUUGCAAUUACUUUGUUUAUGAAAAUGUGCAAUGCAACACUAAUCCAAGUAAUUUGUUUAUUCCUUGCCAUCCAAAUAGUGCCCAGCUUCAGUUUUCAUCAAAGUAAUAUCACAAGACGCGAAGCCAAGGAAUGUCCAAGGAACAGUUUCGCGUGCAAAUCCGGCGAAUGCAUCGACGAGGACAAGGAAUGCGACGGCGGCGUCGACUGCAAAGACGCCAGUGACGAAAGCAACGCCUGUGCCAGGAUCAAGUGUCCAAUUUCGGCGUUUCGCUGCGACUACGGUGCGUGCAUUUCUGCGGACCUGGAGUGCGACGGGAAACCCGACUGUCGAGACGGCUCCGACGAAAAGACCCCCAACUGCCAAAUCAUCGACGAAACGUCCCCAAUUUGCAAGAGCAACGAAUUUCGAUGCAGUUCUGGCGAAUGCAUCGACGAGGAUAACAAAUGCGACGGAAUUGCACAGUGUUCGGACCGGUCGGACGAAAUCAGAGCCACUUGUUGGAACCUGCGGUGUCCGAUUUACAGCUACAAGUGCAAAUAUGGGGCUUGUGUUAGCGGGAACGCGGAAUGUAACGGCAAGAUUGAGUGCCAGGAUGGGUCCGAUGAGGACCCCAAUAUUUGCAAAAACAGCACAGUGCUGACCCCGACCCCAUCACCCGUGGUACCCCGACCUGGAGCGAGGGGUCGGUGCGUUUUGCCGAACCAUCCCGAGUUCGGAAAAUGGAGUAUUUUCGGGCCGGAAAACUUGUCCCCUGGGGCCACGGUGAAUCCAGGGACGAUUUUAAAUAUAGUCUGCCAAAAUGGCUACAAACUGGAAGGGAAUUCGGUGAUUUAUUGCGCGAAUGGGCAAUGGACCGAGAAUAUUGGAGUUUGUCUAAAAUUGUGUUCACCUUUGUCAAGUACCAAAGUCAUGACGGUCACUUGCACGUAUCCCAAUAAUAAAGGAGAAGGGAACUGUACCAAUGCAAUUGAUGGUACUCUUGCAAGGUUCAAGUGUGAACCACUCUACGAAGAUCCAAACUUGCAGAGAAUUCCAGGACGGGUUUGUCGCGAUGGUACCUGGGACAACAGCUCACCUGAGUGUGUACCAGUUUGUGGGCAGAAAUCGGUCGAGGUGCAGAAACUGAUCGUCAACGGCAAGACAGCGAAACGAGGGACGUACCCGUGGCAAGCGGCUUUGUACACCCGCGACAAGAAGGAGUUAAUUUGUGGCGGAUCUUUGAUAAAACUGAAUAUGAUAAUCACAGCUGCGCAUUGUGUAACCGAUCAACAGGAACGAGCGCAGCCUCUUCCCAAAGAAAACUACAUCGUUGCGUUGGGGAAAUACUACAGGAAAUUUGAUGAUCCACGCGAUUCCAAAGAAGCGCAAUUUUCGGAGCUGAAAAAAAUAAUUGUCAAUGAGAAAUACAGUGGUCCGAUACAAAAUUUCGGUUCGGAUAUCGCUCUCCUAAUCACUAGCACUGUUUUUGUGCCGUCACUAAGAGUACAACCUGUUUGCAUGGACUGGAAUCUUCAAUUCAAAAUAGGGGACGACCAAGUUUUCGGUUAUGUGACUGGUUGGGGGUAUACAGUUGAGGGCUCGAAUCCGUCCGAGGAGCUGAAGGAGCUGAAAGUUCCCCUUAUUCCUGAAUCCAAGUGUCGGAAAGACUUACCAGUUGAUUACGACAGGUACUACACUUACGAUAAGUUGUGUGCCGGCUACCUCAACUCAAAUACUUCUGUUUGUCGGGGCGACAGUGGCGGAGGUUUAGUCGUAAAACGCAACGGUGACCGAUUUUACCUCACUGGAAUUGUAAGUCUUUCCCCGACUUCACCACGGGAGAUCGACGGCUGUGAUAGUCAACAGUACGGACUUUAUACGAAAGUUGCAGCUCAUACGGAGGACUUUAUUUUGAAAAAAGUGACAGAAUAUGGAAUAAAUGCGCCCUUUUUGUUAUUUAUUUCUGCCAACCUUCUGUUGGUGCCAAGGUCAAUCGAACCAGUAUCGCAGCUCAACGGGAAUUCCAAAGAAAUUUCGGAUUACUCUCACAUUAUCACAUUUCCCCAGCUUUCCGAGGUCAUCAAAUCAACAUCAAGAAUAAUAAUAUGGAACAAAAUCAGUGAGAUGUUGUGUGUAACGUUUGUGCUUGAGCUAGUUUGUUUAUUUACUUCCGUUAAGUACACAAUAGCCAGUUUCACAAUUUUGGAAUACUCCAAUUCCACCUUGCACAGACAUCGGAGACAAAAUGGUUGCGUUUUGCCACAACAUCCGACAAACGGCCAAUGGUCAAUUUACAAAUCAAACGCCCGAUUUUCACCUGGAGAAUCCAUACCUUCGGGCAGUAUUUUGCAAGUUAAGUGCGACCAAACCUACAAACUAGACGGAGACGCUACUAUUGUCUGCAUCAACGAAAAAUGGACAUCCGAAGUAGGCGUUUGCCUGAAAACAUGUCCCCCGUUGUACAGCACAACGAUAAUGAAAGUGACUUGCACUUACAACAACCAGAAAAAUGAAAAUUGCACUGAGGCAAUUGAUGGUACUACUGCUAGUUUUGAAUGUGCGGAUUUCUACGAAGAUUUAGGCCUAGAUCUGCACCCGGUCCAUUUGUGUUUUAAUGGGUGAUGGAGUCACAAUAUCCCCGAAUGUGUCCCAAAAUGUGGCCAAAAGUCGACCAGAAAUAACCCGACACUGAUCGUAAAUGGGACUAAUGCAAUUCGGGGAGACUACCCUUGGCAAGUAGCUUUGUACAACAAGACGUCCAAAGUGCUACUUUGUGGAGGCUCUUUACUGAAUCAAAGAGUGAUAUUAACCGCUGCUCAUUGCAUAACGGACGACACUGGUAAAUUACUGAAUAAAGAAACGUACACAGUGGCAGUAGGCAAAUACUACCGCAAAUAUGACCACUCAGAGGACGUAAAUAAAGCGCAAUUUUCGGAAAUCCAUGAAAUGUUCACAACGAGGAAGUACAAAGGACACAUACAGAAUUUUUUCGGCGACAUUGCUAUCAUAGUUACGAAAAAAAUAUUUUUCCUGUCAGAUCGAGUCCAACCGGUUUGCAUAGACUGGGGGUUCAAGUAUCAAAGAAAGCUUCUGAACCCCAACGUGUCUAAAUAUGGCUACGUGUCUGGAUGGGGCUACACCGCCGAAUACAAAAACCCCUCCGAGGUACUCAAAGAACUGAAAGUCCCAAUAAUCACAAACGACCAGUGUGACACCGAUUUACCGGAAGAUUACCAAAAAUUCAUGACUGAUGAUAAGAUUUGUGCGGGAUUUUUAAAUGCUCGCACGUCUGUUUGUAGCGGUGACAGUGGUGGUGCUUUAGUAACAGAAUAUAAAGGUAGGUACUACGCUGUUGGAAUUGUGAGUCUAUCGCCACAAGCACCAACCGAAGAAGGUGGUUGUGAUAGUCAACAAUACACCCUCUUCACUAGUGUUUACUACUACAUCAACGAACUGAUUUUUGAAAAAGAAGCCCGAUACAGACCAUCACAUUCGGAAAUUGCGAGUUGCGAAGAAGACUCCAAAUGUCAACCUGAACCCGUGACCACAACUACGACCACGACAACGACACCAAAACCAGUCACAGAACCAACAACUCCAAAUUGCGUUUUGCCCGAGCAUCCGGCCUCAGGCCAAUGGUCGAUCUACGGUGUCCAAACUAAAUUUACCCCAGGACAGUUCGUAUCACCCGCAACAGUGCUGGAAGUAACUUGCCAGAAAGACUACAAAUUGAACGGAAACAACCUCCUGAUUUGCCACAACGGCAAGUGGUCACCCGAAAUCGGAAAAUGUUCAAAGACUUGCCCCCCGGUGCAAAGCACCCCUUCAACUGUGAUAACUUGCACUUACAAAAACAACGAAACUGACUGCAGCAGUCCUCCGGAUGGUACCGUCGCUAAAUACACCUGUGCCCCCUUUUAUGAGAGUACCGAAACGACGAAAAAUCCGGUCAGGGUGUGCAAAAACGGGUCGUGGGAUUUGUCCAAGCCUGAAUGCGUUCCGAUUUGUGGGAAGAAAUAUGUGCGAGCACAAUCUUUGAUAGUGAACGGGAGGAAAGCAAAAGGCGGCGAACAUCCCUGGCAAGUGGCUAUUUACCGAAAUAACAAAUUUAUUUGUGGUGGAGCUUUAAUUAGCGAAAAUCUUAUACUCACUGCCGCACAUUGCGUACGUUAUGAGAACCGUGAAGCAAACGUUGAUGAGUUUACUGUUGGCGUUGGCAAGAAUUCGAUUCGUUUAGACGACACAUCUGAUGUCCACGCACAGUUUUCUGGGUUGCAGGACAUCAUCGUCCCGAAACAAUUCAAUGGGCUUUACACUAAUUUACUGGCAGAUAUAGCACUUCUAGUUAGUAAAAAGAACUUCACAAUUUCGUUUUCUGUACAACCGGUGUGCCUGGAUUGGGCUAAUUCGAUUAAUUUGACACACAAUUCCAAGGGUUACAUCUCAGGUUGGGGCUACACGGCUGAAGGAACAAAACCGGCUGAUGAUUUACAAGAACUGGAAGUGUCAAUUGUGUCGAAUCAAGACUGUUCCCAACUUUUAACGGAAGAAUUAAAACCGUUCUUGACUUUCGAUAAAAUAUGUGCAGGGGACCCAACUCACAAUGCCAGUGCGUGCAAUGGAGACGCCGGUGGUCCUCUCGUUGUGAAACACAACGGUAGGUUUUACAUUAAUGGAAUUGUGAGUAGUGCUGAAGCUGAUCACACCAGUGGCCGGUGCAGAAGUGAUCAAUACGGACUUUUCAUCAAAGUUUCGGAAUACCAAUCGUUCAUUUUGGAAACUAUGGCCAAAUACAAUCCACGCUCAAGCACCCCCGAAAUAACAUCACCCAAACCUCCACCACCACCCCCGGAAAAGCCUGAAAAUUACUGCAUUCUACCAAAUUACCCCGACUUUGGCAGAUGGGCACUGUUCGCGUCCGGCAGUCAUUCCCCCGGAAUGUCAGUAGUAGCGGGCACUAUUUUACAAGUGACUUGUCAAAACAGAUACAAAUUAGACGGCGAUUCGAUCAUUCUAUGCGACAAGGGACAAUGGUCCUCCGAAAUCGGCAAAUGUUUACGAACAUGUCCUUCGAUACUCACGACUAACAAACUGCAAGCAACUUGCGUUUUCAAAGGCAAAGAAUCGGAAAAUUGCACGGAACCGAUCGAGGGUACGCAAGUCAAGUACCAGUGUGCCCCAUACUAUGAGGAUAAAAACUUGGCACAAUAUCCCGUCGGGAACUGUAAAGAUGGUACCUGGGACCGGGCAACCCCCAAUUGUGUCCCGAUCUGUGGUGUGAAGUCCGUCCAACCCCAACAGUUGAUAAUCGGCGGAAACGUGGUCAAAAAAGGGGACUAUCCUUGGGUUGUGGCGAUUUAUCACGGACCUCAGAAAGAUUUCAUUUGUAGUGGGACUCUAAUAAGUGAAAAAAUAAUCCUAACGGCGGCACUCUGUGUAACCAAUUCCGGCGGUAAAGUUCGGGAUAAGAGUGAUUUUGCAGUGGCUGUUGGAAAAUACUAUCAAGAAUUUACCGAUUCCCGCGAAAAAAUUAGCAACGUUCAAUUCUCUGAUCUUGAGGCAAUUCACGUUCCUGAUUAUUACCGAGGCCUUGACCAAAAUUACUACGGCGAUAUUGCCGUUCUGGUGGCGAAAAAAAGUUUCACGUUUACGCAAACAGUUCAGCCUGUGUGUGUCGAUUUCGCGGCAAACUAUGACAACAAAAAUCUUACAGGAUUUGUGACAGGGUGGGGUUUUACGAAGGAAAAUGGAGGCGUAUCUGACGAACUCAAAGAGCUCAAAGUGUCUUUAGUUAGUGUAGCGGACUGCAGGAAAGAGUUGCCCUCAGAGUUUCAAAAAUACCUACUUACUGAUAAAAUAUGCGCAGGAUACAGAAAUAAAGGAUUGUCAGUUUGUAAAGGAGACAGUGGAGGAGGUUUAGUUGUCAAGUCUUCAACUACUGGUAGAUACAACCUUGCUGGUAUUGUAACUGUGGCUCCAAACAGUCCUUCAGGGGGCUGCAAUAGUCAACAGUAUGCUCUGUACACGACAAUCUCCCAUCACUACGAAAAGUUUCUCUCAGGGAAAAUAAACAAUCGCUAGAGUUAUUUUAAAAUUUUAAUCAGCCUGAUUUAUUUUCUAUCGUAAAUAAAGUCAUUAGUACUGAAAAGUA